UGUAUUUCCGGGAAACAAAAAAUUGAGAGAGAAAAAACACUGCAUUGCCAUUGGGUCAUAGAAUCAAAAACGACUUUAAUUUGCUGCAUUUGGAUACGUUUUUUAGUCCUAAUUUAUAUGUGAAUACGACAAUUUAUAGGAAAAUCAACGUAACGAAACCUUCAAUGAAAAGGGGGAGGGUCAAUUAGAUCCAUAAAUGGCAUAAUGAAUUGAUCUUCAAAAAUUCACCAGGACAUAAACAUGGCUGAUUUGAUGGAAUUAUUGACAUUGUGUUCUGAACUUGAUGAAGAUCUGUCAAAUCUAAGCAGGGGAGAUAACCAAAGAAAGGAAAGAAUAAGAAAACACAUACAAACAAUAGAUACUAAAUUGAAAUAUCAGGUGCCAGAAUUUGAGAAAGAUUUACAGUGGCUAAAUAUUGCAUCGUCCUUGUCACUGUAUAAUAAUUUAAAAGGAAAUAUUGUAAUUUUGGACUUCUUUACCUACUGCUGUAUAAAUUGUGUUCAUGUUCUACCAGAUUUGGAGAAGGUAGAACAAAAAUAUUCGCUGAAUGAUGGGGUAGUUAUCAUUGGUGUUCAUUCUGCCAAAUUUGAAAAUGAAAAAGUGUCUGCCAACAUUCUGAGUGCCAUACUACGAUACAACAUUCACCAUCCGGUUGUAAAUGACCAUGAUGCAGUGCUUUGGAACAAACUUCAGAUCCAAUGCUGGCCAACGUUUGUUGUAGUUGGACCUGACGGCCAGUUCCUUCAAACAUUUGUUGGAGAAGGCCACAGAGAAAAUUUACUGGAGUUUAUAGAUGAAUCAUUGGCAUAUUUUAAAGACAAGAUAAAUCCUUGUGAUUUGAAAUUAUCUUUGGAGAAAGAAAAAAUAAAUGAGACUCCUCUUCAGUUUCCUGGGAAAGUAACCACUUCAAAUGAUGGUAAAAUUUUGGUAGUGUCAGAUACAGGCCACCAUAGAAUUUUAAUUUUGUCACCAUUAGGUGUUGUACAGCACUGUAUUGGGGGAACAGAUAGAGGUAAUGUAGGUGGUAGUUUUACAGAGGCCAGAUUUAACUCUCCACAAGGUGUAGCCAUCAAUGGAGAUAUUGUUUAUGUAGCUGACACAGAUAAUCACAUAAUUAGAGAGAUCAAUUUGACCUCUAAAACAGUAAGAACAUUAGCAGGAACUGGAGUUCAAGGUCAGGAUAAGGAGGGUGGUAAAUUUGGAACAAAUCAACAGUUAUCCUCACCAUGGGAUGUAGUUCUAGGAAAAUCCCCAGAAAGUGUUAAGGAAAAUGUGUUAUAUAUAGCUUUGGCUGGAACUCAUCAGAUCUGGGUCUACUUCUUGCAGGAUAGUGACUGGUUAAAAGGAAGUCACCACUCUGUAGGAACCUGUCUGAGAUUUUCUGGCAGUGGACAGGAGGAAAAUAGAAACAACAGCUACCCUACUAAAGCAGGAUUUGCUCAGCCAUCAGGUUUGGCUCUGUCACCAACACUUGGUUUAAUGUUUGUAGCAGACAGUGAGAGUUCUACUGUAAGAAAGGUGUCGCUGAAAGAUGGGGGUGUCAAAGCUUUGGUUGGAGGAGAGUUUGAUCCAAUGAAUUUAUUUGCAUAUGGAGACAAAGAUGGUAAAGGCUAUGACUGUAAACUGCAGCAUCCAUUAGGUGUUGCCAUAGUGACAGAAGAAAGCGGACCAUUGCUGGUUGCUGAUUCAUAUAAUCAUAAGAUAAAAUCUGUAGAUCUGAAGACUUCUAUUUGUACAACAGUUAUUGGCCCUGAAACAGAUGGGGAUGGUGUGAUACAGUUCCAGCUAAAUGAACCAGGUGGUCUUUGUGUAUCACUGGAUAAAGUUUAUAUAGCUGAUACAAAUAACCAUCAAAUCAGAGUUCUAGAUCUCAAAACACAGUCUAUAUCUAAUCUUCCUGUUAUAUUCUCACAAGAUGAGACUGACUCAAGACCGAAACAGCAAAUCAAGCUUAAAGGACAGAUUGAAGAUAUGAAAUGCUUAGUGCUGCCAUCUAUUGGUGACCUUACGUUCACUUUAGAGAUAUCUUUACCUGAGGGAUCACAUCUGACAGAAGAUUCUCCAUCAAGAUGGGUUUUGUUAUCAGAGAAGAAUGGGCAAUAUACUGAAGAAUUCAGAGGAGAAAUUACAAGUGUAGAAAAUUCAGAAAUAUGUACUGUUUCUGUAAAUGAAGAUCUCAGUAUAUUAUACUGUCAGUGUAAGGUCUUACAUUGUGGAGUAGAUAAUGUAUGUAAAAUGUCACAGAAAACUUUCAAACAAGUUGUCAUCAUAGAUCCACAGUCAUUGACAUCAAGGAGAAACAGUCAUAUACAUUUCAGUGUUUGAAAUUACAGAAAACAAAUUACAAGUAACACAAGUAAAUGAAAAAUUAUACUUGGGAAAACACUUUUCUUUGUAUCAGUUUUUUUUUUAAACCACCUCUGUGGCAUCUUGGUAGUAUGCCUGCCUGGAGAGUAAGAGGUUGUGGAUUUGAUCUACAGCCAGGUCAAACCAAACACUUGAAAAUUGGUAUUUGCUGAUUCUCUGCUUACCACCCAUUAUUUAGGUGUAAGAGCUAUUAAAUAUUGGCCUUGAGUCAGACAAAUGUGUCCAGGUUUUGCGACAUGUAUUCCUGUGUACUGUUACAUUGUGAACUAGCUUGAUCAAACUCCUGCUCAAAGUGUUGGUUUAGUACAAAGCAGGACUCAUAUUCAUAUCACAUUAAAAUGUUCUCAAAAUUAAUAUGCAUUUAAUUUGCCACUGGAUCCUAAAUUACCAUCCAAUAUCAUCAUCUUAAUUAAGAAUAUGUAUUUUGUUGGGAAAUUUUGGUAGUUUGAGGGAAAUACGAAAUUGAUAUUCCAUUAACAAUAAUGCAGUAAGUAAAUAUGUUAUUUUUAUACGACCGCAAAAAAUUUUUGUGGUCGUAUAUUGGUAUGACAGCGUCGUCGUCGUCCUAAGACACAUUGGUUUUCGCACUCUAACUUAAGUUUUAGUCAAUGGAUCUCUAUGAAAUUUUACCAUAAUAUUCAAUACCACAAAAGGAAGGUUUGGAUUGAUUUUGGGGGUUAUUGUACCAACAGUUAAGGAAUUAGGGGCCAAAAAGGGGCCAAAAAUGAGCAUUUUUGUAACUUCCAGACAUAACUUGUGUGUUAGUGUAUGGAUCUCUCUGACAUUGUACCACAAGGUUUCAUAUCACGAAGGGAAUGCUGGGAUUGAUUUUGGGGGUAAUUGCGUCAAAAUAUUAGGAAUUAGGGGCCAAAAAAGGGGCAAAAAACAAGCAUUUUUCUAGUUUCAUGACAAUAACUUGUGUGUAAGUGUAUGGAUCUUUCUGAAAUUGUACUACAAGGUUCCAUAUCACAAAGGGAAAGCUGGGUUUGAGUUUGGUGGUAAUUGCCCUAAACAUUUAGGAAUUUGGGGCCAAAAAACGCAUGUUUCUAGUUUCCAGACAAUAACUUGUGUUCAAGUGUAUGGAUCUCUCUGAAAUUGUACUGCAGGUACCAUACCACAAAGGGAAGGCUGGGAGUGAGUUUGGGGGUGAUGAAUCAUAAGGGGGUUCAAAAAAUUUGGGGGGGGAUUUUUUUUUCUUUUAAAAUUUUCCAUUUUAAAUUGGUUAUUUCUGAUUUAUAUAUAAAAGCAAAUAAUAAUGAUAUGGUUUGAAUAGGUAAAAUGAAAAUUUUUAAGUUCUUAGACCACAUUCAUUCUGUGUCAGAAACCUGUGCUGUGUCAAAUAUUUAAUCACAAUCCAAAUUCAGUGCUGUAUCAAGCUUGAAUGUUGUGUCCAUACUUGCCCCAACUGUUCAUGGUUCGACCUCUGCAGUCGUAUCAAGCUGUGCCCAGCAUAGCAUUUUAUUAUCAAUAAGUAUGCUUUUAGGUCUUCACUUUAUGAUACCGCAGAAGUUAAGUGGUUGUCACAGAUCCAAACAUUAUCAUUAACUGUUCCCAUUUUAGAAACUGAUAUUAUAGGUAUGUAAAAGACACAGUAAAACAAUCGUCUGUUAUUCGUUAUAAAAAAAGAAGUAGAGAUACCAAAGGGUGAAUUAAAACUAAUAAAAUUUGUAAGGGUUCCGCGGAACCCAGUGUCUCGCCUACCUUUUCUGUUAAUCGCAAGCUCAAAAAAAAUGAGGAAGUAAAUCAAUAAAAAUAUUCCUCUUGAUACUAUCUUUUGAUUGUAAGAAGCUUCUGUCCAAGUUUGGUAAAAAUCCAGGAUAGUUUAUGAAUCUAAUAAAUGUUUAAAAACUUUAACUGCAGACUGAAUGUAAUGUUAACUGGAAGAAAACAAAAUUUCCUUCUAGAUACUAGCAUUUGAUCAUAAACAAGCUUCAGUCCAAGUUUGGUACAAAUCCAAAAUAGUAUAAGAAAGUUAUAACAAUUUUAAAAACUUUAACCACAGAGUGAAUGUGUUGUUUCCUGGCAGAAAAUCUAAGUCCAUUUAAAAGUAAAAUACGGAAAAAAUGGAUUUAUUUUUUUACAAAAUUUCCUUCUAGAUACUAGCUUUUGAUCAUAAACAAGCUUCUGUCCAAGUUUGGUACAAAUCCAAAAUAGUAUAAGAAAGUUAUUAAAAUUUUAAAAACUUUAACCACAGAGUGAAUGUGUUAUUUCCUGGCAGAAAAUCUAAGUCCAUUUAAAAGUAAAAUAAGGAAAAAAUGGAUUUAUUUUUUUACAAAAUUUACUUCUGGAUACUAUCUUAUGAUCAUAAACAAGCUUCUGUCUCAGUUUGGUACAAACCCAGGAUAGUUUAAGAAAGUUAUUAAAAUUUUAAAAACUUUAACCACAGAGUGAAUGUAAUAUUUCCCGGCAGAAAAACUAAGUCCAUAUAUAAGUAAAAUACGGAAAAAAUGGAAUUUUAUUUUUACAAAAUUUACUUCUGGAUACUAUCUUAUGAUCAUAAACAAGCUUCUGUCCAAGUUUGGUAGAAAUCCAGGAUAGUUUAUGAAAGUUAUUAAAAUUUUAAAAACUUUAACCACAGAGUGAAUAAUUGUGGACGCAGCCGAUGACAACGCCGACGGAAUGUAGGAUCGCUAUGUCUCGCCUUUUCGACUAAAGUCGAAGGCUUGACAAAAAUGAGAUAAACAGACCAAUUCAUGGCAAAAAACAAGCCUAUAAAACACUACAUGAAAACUAAAGACUAAGCAACACUAACCGGGGAUGAUAUCAAGUUCUCAGUCUCAACUUGUGUGACUUUUUUCUGUUAGUUUGCUUAGCCACUGCUUUUCCAACUUAACUCAUUUUGAAGAAGAAAUGUAUAUUGUUACAAAAUUCUUUAACUAAUAACCAGUGCUUUUGAAGGAGUGUGAAAUUGUAGAGAUCUUUUAAAAAUACAUUAAUUAAGUUUUUAAUUAUCUAUUUUUAACAACACAUGUUUUAGUUGUUAUAGUCUUUUAAUAUAUUUUGUUAUGAAUAUAAUUAAGUUUGAAUGUAACUUUGUAACUAUGGAUAUAAGGAGGAGAUAGGAAAACGGUCAGGUAGACAGCAACCCCAACAUUACAAUACUGUUAACCAACUAAUUUUCACAAGCAAUUUAUUAUUUUGCAACUUUGACAAAUAUAAAUCGUCAUGAAUAUGUUAACCUUCGAUCUUUUCUUAAAUAUAUACAUCAAGAAAAUUAGAAAAUCUGAAAAAUAUAUAGCUGUGAAGUUGAAUAGAUAUGGCUAAACACAAAAAUAAGUUGAUUUACAGUAUUAUACAGGCAAGAAGUUCUACACGUGAUCAUUUGUUUAAUUAUUGAAAGAAGAAAAUAUGUAUUCAAGGAUUGCUGAAAUUUACAAUAUUUUAUAACAUUGAUAUGAAUAUAUAAAGCUGCCUAAAACAUGUAUUCAAGGAUUGCUGAAAUUUACAAUAUUUUAUAACAUUGAUAUGAAUAUAUAUAAAGCUGCCUAAAUGUUGUGUUUACUUACUGUGAUAAGGAUGUAUUUUAUAUUUUUAUUAAAUGGAUCAGGUGCUA